GACAAAAUGUCGAUAUUAUUUAAUAAAACAUUAAAAACCGUGAUUUAUAUUCGACAUUAUUCAGUAUUAUGUAAAAGAUUAGAUAAAAGUCCUUUAUUUAGUUGCUUUACACAAUCAAUUUUUCCGGUAAACCGUAGUUUGUUUUGGGAAAAAGACAGAAAAGGUGGUUAUCAAACUCAAGAAAAUGUCUCUUAUAUUGAACAUAUGAAAAAUGGUUACAAAGAACUUAAAAUUGAACUUAAGCUGUUUGCUAAAGAAAUGAAAGAAUUUUUAGAAGCUGAUCCACUGCUAAUAGCACGACCAGGUGAAACUGAUCUUCUUUGGUGCUUCAAUGAACCUAGCGUAUUAGACAAAUUUGUAACAACAUGUGAUAGUGACCACAAUGAAGGUUUCAGUACCUGUCGUUUUGACAUGAGUCCUGCUGGAAGGGCAAAUUUUCAUGGUUAUUUAGACACUAGAGUACCUAAAGAUGGAAGAAUUAAAAAAGCUGGAUAUUGUGCUAUAAGAUCUAAGAGAGUAAGGAAAUCUUUUAAACGGGAAACUACUUAUAAUUGGAGUCUAUAUAACACAUUAGUCCUGAAAGUCAGAGGUGAUGGCAGAUCUUACUUACUAAACAUAUCCUGUGAAGGUUACUAUGAUAUAACAUGGAAUGAUAUUUAUCAUUAUGUAUUGUACACAAGAGGUGGACCAUAUUGGCAAAUUGCUAAGAUACCAUUUUCAAAGUUUGUAUUGGGAUCAAAAGGUAGACUACAAGACAAGCAAAGCAGAAUGAGAUUUGACAAAGUUACGCACUUUGGUGUAUCAUGUGGUGAUAAGAUAAAUGGUCCAUUCAACUUAGAAAUUGAAUAUGUUGGAUUAGAGUUUGAUCCAACUCAUGAAGAAGAGUUUGCUUAUGAAAUGUACAAAACUGAUAAGUAUAUAGUAGGAGUGUAA